UGGGGCAUUGCUCUGUCCUCUAUGGAUUUUUCCAGCCUUUUUAUGGGCAGGAAAGAAGUGUUGGGCCCUGAGGGGGAGAGAGGGGGCAGGGAACUGGGAUAAGCUCUGUGUUCCAGGGCCUCAUCUUGUUGGGGUGGUCAGGAGGUGGCUCAGGAGGACCCGUUGCUGGGCGGACCUGGGCACUGCUAGAGAGCCCAUGCUGUGACCGUUUAUGACACCACCAUCACCUUGCAACCCCUCCCCAUCCCUGUGAGGUUUCCACAGAGGCAUGUCAGUGGUCUGGGUUUUGCUGGCUGCAGGCGUCUCAGAGUGAGGGCCGGAACCCCCGCAUGUCUGCCUGGGAUGGGGAAGGCUCGAAUCCUCGGUAAAAACACAACAGCAGAGCUGGGCUGCACGUUUUCUUUGAGCAGGACAUCGAGACUUUACACGGCUCCAUCCACGUCACGCUGUGUGGGACCCCCAAGGGGAACCGGCCCGUCAUCCUCACGUACCACGACAUUGGCAUGAACCACAAAACCUGCUACAACCCCCUCUUCAACUACGAGGACAUGCAAGAGAUCACCCAGCACUUUGCUGUCUGCCACGUGGAUGCCCCGGGCCAGCAGGACGGCGCUGCCUCCUUCCCCAUGGGGUACAUGUACCCCUCCAUGGAUCAGCUGGCCGAGAUGCUUCCCGGAGUCCUUCAACAAUUUGGGCUGAAAAGCAUCAUAGGCAUGGGGACAGGAGCAGGCGCCUACAUCCUAACUCGAUUUGCGCUCAACAACCCCGAGAUGGUGGAGGGCCUCGUCCUCAUCAACGUGAACCCUUGUGCCGAAGGCUGGAUGGACUGGGCCGCCUCCAAGAUCUCCGGAUGGACCCAAGCCCUGCCGGACAUGGUGGUGUCCCACCUCUUUGGGAAGGAGGAAAUGCAGAAUAACGUGGAGGUGGUCCACACCUACCGCCAGCACAUCAUCAAUGACAUGAACCCCGGCAACCUGCACCUGUUCAUCAAUGCCUACAACAGCCGGCGGGACCUGGAGAUAGAGCGACCCAUGCCUGGAACCCACACGGUCACCCUGCAGUGUCCUGCUCUGCUGGUGGUUGGGGACAACUCACCUGCUGUGGAUGCUGUGGUGGAAUGCAACUCAAAACUGGACCCAACAAAGACCACUCUUCUCAAGAUGGCGGAUUGUGGCGGCCUCCCGCAGAUCUCUCAGCCGGCCAAGCUUGCUGAGGCCUUCAAAUACUUCGUGCAGGGCAUGGGCUACAUGCCCUCCGCCAGCAUGACGCGCCUGAUGCGGUCCCGCACGGCCUCGGGCUCCAGCGUCACCUCUCUGGACGGCACGCGCAGCCGCUCCCACACCAGCGAGGGCACCCGCAGCCGCUCCCACACCAGCGAGGGCGCCCGCAGCCGCUCCCACACCAGCGAGGGCGCCCACCUGGACAUCACUCCCAACUCGGGUGCCACCGGGAACAGCGCUGGGCCCAAGUCCAUGGAGGUCUCCUGCUAGGCGGCCUGUGCAGACUGCCGUCCCGGACUCUGAUCUCUGUAGCCGCCCCCUCCCUUCCAUCCAGCCCCUUCCCGCCCCUGCCUGCCACACUGCGCCUAACUCGGUAUUAAUCCAAAGCUUAUUUUGUAAGAGCGAGCUCUGGUGGUGACAGAUCGGGUCUGUCUCGGGCACCCUCUCCGACGAGGGCAGGGCGGCUGUGGACCAAAGGAAAGAGGCACCUCAGUGUCCUGUUCCAUUCACUACUGGCCGGUUGCCCCUCCCUUACCCUCCCUCGGAGACACCAAACUGCCAAAAACAAGCAGCGUAGCGGUAAACACUUCACAAAGCCAAGCCCCAGCUGCCCCCAGCAUCCUGGUUCGGAGGGGCGCUUUGUCAGACCGCCAGCCAUCCACUUCCUGUUUCCUCUCCAACUGCAGAGAAGCUGCCCAGCUCCAGGAAACAAAAUCCUUUUCCAAUUUGGAGACGGGGAGAGCAGUGAAGUGUGGGCACCUCUUUUAAAUAGGCAAAACAGGAAGCGGGAGGAAAAGAGGUGGACUUUAUGUUGAGGCUAGAGGCAUUUGGAAAAAAACAAACCCACAUAGUUGACUUGAAGAAAUUGAUUUUUAAGGUUGGUGCAUAUAUAAACCUCUGAAUGCUGACGCAUCCAAGCCUGUUUUCCUAGCGUCCUUUUAAUGUGCAACAAAAGCGGGCAACCAAAGCUCCUGGCUUUACAGAAAGAACGCCCUGGCAAACGCUGGUGUCACGGUUUCUGAAGGCUUUGGCUCUGCCCUCUGCCCCUCCCCCGCAGACCCUUCUCCCACCCCAGACACGUGAGCGUGUGAUUAUUUUUGUUCGUGGGGAAGAUAAUUUAGAUCUGUAGUUGCAUUCUUUGCAAUGGAGGGAAGCGCUCUGGCCAGCCGUGCCUGGCUGUGUGAGUCUCCUUGCGGGGGGUGGGGGGAAGGGCAUGGGGUGGGCGGUAUUUCCAUUCCUAGAUGGGAGGGAUCCCUUGUGUUUGUGAUGGAAUCGAGUACAGUUGUGAUUUCCGUGGAUCUCGAAUUGAGUUAAAUCCAGUUUCCAAUCUUUGACAUCUGGGCCGGAAUCUAAGCCCAGUAGCUGAACGUUUCCGACUUGGUAACAUCACUGGAUCUUCAGAUAGAACUUUUUGCUCUUGUGGGGCGAGGGUGGGAAUUCACAUGGGGAAUGGUGGCUGAGAAAAUGCCAGGAUUCUGGAAUACGUAUUCCAUGGGCCUAUCCUUCCCUCUCCUGCCUUCCUCUCUCCCUGCCCCACUAACCAACCCCUUACCCUGAAUGAGGUGGCGCCACUGACGUUUCUGAGAUAGUCGGCUGCCAAGUUCCCAUACUACUGCCUGUGAUUUUCGUUCUGGCUAACCAUGGAUUUUCAGAGAAGUUUGAUCAGAGUGCAUCAAACAUUGUGAGUCAGCCACUGACUGGGAGCCUGGUGGUUUCCAGGACCCUAGAGUUGGAAGAAGGAAGUAGUUGAGUCUUCUAGGAGGCGUGAGUGGCAAUGACUCAUUUACCUGCCACCUACCACCUGGGAGGCUCCCCCUGACCUUGUGCAGACAGGUCGAGGAUCAGGGCAAGAGUGGCUGAAUCCAGACCGGGAACUGUUGUGUACAAGUCUUUCCAGAGGAAUUUCUUAAUGAGAUAUUUGUAUUUAUUUCCAGACCAAUAAAUUUGUAACUUUGCA